CUGCUCCGCGCUUAAGUUACUCGUAGAGCCUCUGCGUUACUAUCAGAGCACCAACAGAAAAUUCUUUUUGUUUCUAUUUUAAUGGGUUUGAGAGGGUCAAUGUCCACCCUACGCUCUGGCUGAUGUUAUUUCGCACUUUUGUGGUUCCCGGGGGGAGACAAACCGAAGUAAAUCGUAUUGUCCGUGGUCCCCAGACAACAGCAAAUCCCCCCGGCGCGACUGCUGACCGAGAGGAGUUACCUCGGAUCAUCCAGCGGCAGCAGCGGCCUCCAUUUUAACUUCGACACCGAGCCGUACCUCACGUGUCCUGGGCUGUCUCUCUCACAUGACCCGAGUGUUUGUUCCCGUGAUCAGCACUUCCAUCUCCGUCUGUGACACCGAAUAUCACUUUUUAUUUCAACACUGAUGGAUAUGCUUGAACCGAGUCUGGACAACGCAAGCCAAGAAAAGCAAGAAGAGGAGGUCCAGGGAUCUGAAGACGGAACAGGAGAGGAGCAGACAGCUGUUACAAUAGCCAGUGUUCCUCAGGCUGCAGCAUUUGGCGACCAUAACAUACAGUAUCAGUUCCGCACUGAGGGUGGGCAGGUGACGUAUCGUGUUGUCCAGGUGACUGACCAGCACCUUGAUGGAAGAGAUGAUGCAGGAGGAGCAGUGAGUGUUGUCUCAACAGCUGCAUUCGCUGGGGCUCCUCAAGCUGUGGCACAGGCUGUGAUCCAGAACCCUUUCAGUAAUGGAGGAAGCCCAGCAGGAGAGGCAGUGGGAGGGGAGACCCGCUUCGCUUACUUCCCCGCAACUGCGGUGAGCGACGGGACUGUGUCUGUGCAGGCCGCCACGGACCCCACACUCACACAGGCAGGGGGUCAGUUUUAUGUGAUGAUGACCCCCCCUGAUGUCAUUCAGACAGGCACGCCACGAACCAUCGCCCCACGAACACAGCCGUACCCUGCAGAUGAAAACGAGCUGCUGCAACACGAAGUUUUAAACUGGAAAAUGGAUGGACCCCGAACACCAAGAGAUGAAAGGAGAAGAGCACAACAUAAUGAAGUCGAAAGACGGCGAAGAGACAAGAUCAACAACUGGAUUGUCACGCUUUCCAAGAUUAUCCCAGACUGCAAUAUGGACAGCACCAAGACUGGAGCAAGCAAAGGAGGCAUCCUGUCUAAAGCUUGUGACUACAUUCGUGAGCUGAGGCAAAGCAACCAGAGGCUGCAAGAGAGUCUGAAGGAAGUGGAGAGGAUACAAAUGGACAAUGAGUUGUGCAGGCAGCAGAUUGAAGAGCUGAAGAAUGAGAAUGCAUUGCUCCGAGCACAACUCCAGCAGCACGGCAUCGAAAUGGUUGGAGAAACACCGCCACAGUGAAUGAAAGGAGGAGAGCAGUGCAGGGCACACCCACUCAGACAUAUAACUGACACAGUGGAAAACAAAGCGAGACGAUUUAAAAGAGAGAAAAAAAAAAAAAGACUUUCUUUUUAGUGAAUGCGUCCUCCCCUGGGGUUCCCAGGUUGCGAACCCUUCACCAGUCGAUUUUGGCUGCACUUGACUUUUCCAAUCCUAUUGAGAUGACCACCCGCUGCAGCUGAGUAGAAAUGUGCUCCAAGAAAAGGUGUCCACUCACCUUCAUCAGGGUGCUUUACUGUAGUACUAGCUAUGAAAGAGACCCUCUGCUGCCCUUGUUUAUUUGUAUUUAUGUAGCCUCAUUCAUGGACUAUGAUGUUUGUUUUUUUUCCCCCCUUCCAAGUUUAUACCCUUUCCCUCAUUAUUCAUUUUGACUUAGUUCAUGCUUUUAUUCUGUUUGUGUUUUUGAGUUCUGUAUUAAUGUUGUUUUUAGCUCCUUUAACUUAUUAGUCCGCUUGCUGACAGAAGCCUUGAUGGAGACCGGUUAUGAUGAAAUUUAUGCAUCCAAAAGAAGCUGACAUCAAAGUAUGAAAAACAUGAUUCUACAGACAGAAAUAAUGUGGCACACAUAGCUUACCUAGACCCAAAGACAAACAAGAAUCUGUGCUUGCUGAUAAUUCUGGGCUGAUUUAUGUAAAUAUGGCUUCUCGUGUUUUAAUACAGAUGAUACAGAAUGUUAAAGGAGAUUAUCUCUGGGAGUAAACAAUCAAUAAGUCAUUAGUUCCAUGGUGGUCCUUUGUCAUAACAAUUACCACAAAGUGUGUGCAAUCUGUAAAGUUCAGUUUCGGGGGGGGUGGUAUACUUGAAGUGUUGGGCAUUUGCUGUUGAAUGAAGUGGUAUUUAAAUGCAAAGUGAAAUGUAAAAGUGUGGAACAUGCAGACAUGUCAAGCGCUGCACUUUGGAUCAUGGUCUGGAGAGGAGAGCGGUGCAAAUCCCAACUUUUGCCAAAUUAUAUUUUGGUACUAUGGGUUUUGUUUUCAUCUUUUGUUCACGUAUGACUUACCUGUAUCCCAAUGCGUGCAAGCAUAAUCCCCACAUUUCAUUUCAAGCUGUUUGCUCUAUUUUGGUAUUGCAACACUUCAAAUGGAGCUCAACGCACAAGGGGGUGGGGGGGCACCCUGGAGAGCAGUGCUCAAAGACUUUGCUCACUAUGGAAAAUGAGUACACAGAAAGUCUGUGUAGCAGUUCUUAGUUGAGCAUGACUCAUUCUCCACGAAAAGACUAAAUAGUUUGCAUGUGGGUAACUUGGAAAUGAUCUUACAUUUUUCUCCACCCACGCUGGCAAACAAUAAGUAAACUAAUUGGUUGUACAAACAGCAAGAGACAAUAUUAACGUUGUUGUUGAUGGUUUUGUGAAUGAAUAUCCACAAUGUGUUUUUUGUUGUGCUUUGGACAGUGCGAGUGGAAGAAAGAUGUCAAAUUUCAGAGCCACUUAAUAGAGCGCGAUUGCUUCUCCUCAUAUCAACAGCUCAGGAUCCAGCAACGAAAAACCAACACUCAGACCCCGGGUAAAAUCAGGCAGACUCUCACAUGUUAAUAUCUCACACUCGCUUGUGCUUUUAAAGUGCUGUUCUGCUCCAGCAACUGGAUUCAAACCUGGGAGGUAUAGUGCAGGUGUCUGAUCUAUCAAAUGAGGCUUCUGGCCAAAGUUGAAUGACUGAUGUUUUGCAGUAGAUUUUUUUUUUUUUUUUAACACCUCAGUGAGGAGAGAAAAGAAUGUGAAGACAUGAAUACUGCUUAAAAGAUGGUUGAUCACACAUGAAAGGUCAUUCAUGGCUAAUUCUGUUUUGUUGCGUUUCUUUUUUUGAAAUUGCAAAAGGAAGAAAAAAAAUCCUUUUUUUUUUCCCUCUGUGUAGCAGCCUCACUGUUCUCAGGUUAGAGACAUCUUUUCUAAGCAAAAUGGUGGAAAAUAAAGCUUUCACUAGCUACAAA